GAAAAAGUCAAAAAAUUGUUAGUGUAAUAUUGCCGCGAUCUCUUAAAGAUUUUGGACUAGCAUGCCCAUAUGCAGCGAGCAUUUAAAAAAAACAAAUGAGCGGAGCGCUCAGAGCAUAGGUUUGCUACAUUACAAGAUCAUAAUCAAGACUUUUUUACCCAAUAAUCCAAUGACUUUCAGAUGUAAAAUGUAAAUGUAUAUCAAAGUUAUAUAACAUCAUAACAAUAUCGUGCAGCUUUGUAUAAUAGUUUCUGAUGGCUAUAUAAGCCAAAUGUGAAGCGACCUAGCACUUCAGUUCAAUUUUUGUCAAAUGAUUACUCGACUCUUAACCAUUUCUUUACUAGUGGGUGUUCUACUGAUCUAUGGCUGUGGAGCAGGAUUUUUCAAGCGCCAAUGGGAAUACGAACCAGUGUCAAUCCAAACAUAUACUACGGAUGAAAGCCUUUGGAAAUUUGACAGCAGAAUCGUUCGAGUGGGUCGUGGAGUGUUUGAUUGGUCAGGGGAGAUGGUUUGGAAUUACGAUACGAGCGAGGAAACCAUGGUAGAGGCCGCUACCUAUCGAAGCUUUAACGGGGAUGAGAGCGAAUACAAGCUUCUGCCUUUCUCAAUUCCCAGACAAACCCUCUACGAAUAUCUAAAUACCUACUACAAGCAAGCCGUUGUAAAAAACUUUGGCUCUUGCUCCAAUAUUCCACAGUUCGAGGGGAAGUUUAAACCUCCACUUCCAAAGGAUACAUAUAUCGGUCGCAAUUGCAUUAUUGAUGGAGAAGGACUGCCGGAAGUGAUGCCUUCGGGUUUCUACAAAUUUAUAUUCAAUUGCUCUGGACCAGAUCAGCCCACUUGGAGUUUCGUUGGAGUUAUUAAAGUAACACCAAAAAUGUUUUAAAUGAUUGAAAUAAAAAUGCAAGUCGGUCACUAAGUUGUCACUUGGAUUAAUUCCUAUAA